AUGCCCGAGAACGACACGGAUGAACCUCAGUAUGCGAAGCCAGAAGAUUUCCUAUGGGACACGUACCUGAAGGCGUCAAAGGACGAGGACGAAUCGCGCCCGAAGAACUGGGAAGGCAGCACGACGGGCAUCUUGACCUUUACCGGUCUAUUCGCUGCGACUGUUGCGGCAUUCAUUGUCGAGAGCUAUACGCAGCUCUCGGUGGACUCCGGCGAUCAGGCCGUCCAACUGCUCUCGCAACUUCUUGCCGCCACCGCGAACGCAUCUGCAGGCCUUCCUGUCAUCGUCACCACGCCCGAGCCUUUCUCCACCCCACCCGCGGCCAUAGCUACGAAUGCGCUCUGGUUCUCGAGCCUGUUGAUCUCGCUGAUCUGCGCGUUGUUAUCGACGUUGGUCCAGGAAUGGUCCCGAGCCUACGUCCAGGACAUCAACAGACGAAAGGUCCUUCACGAGACCAUGCGCGAACGCGCCUUUAAUCACAUCUACAUUCGCAUGGGAGUCAAUCGCUACGGGAUGGACCAGUUUGUCUCAUGGAUCGUCGCCUUGGUGCAUCUCGCGGUCUUCCUAUCCGCGUCUGGGCUUCUGGUCUUCCUCUUUCCUAUCGACCAUGUUGUCGUUGGCAUUACUACCGCAAUCCUCGGGAUCUUCGUGACCAUAUAUUGGAUCGCCAGUCUACUACCUUUGCUUGACAAGAGCUGUCCAUACAGAACUCCUAUCACAUACUUGAUGGCCUUCGCCUACUGGUCCGUUCUUCGCAGCCGAAUCGGCGGUGUUCUUCUGUUCUUGUGCCAGAAUGCCAACAUGCGGGUCCAGACGACGCUCCAUGAUCUCAUCAAAAGGCAGUACGUGGGUGGCCAGGUACAGACGCUCUCUAGACGAGUUACAGAGACGUUCUUGACCGGUACUCGAGGUUCGUUCCUGUUGGAGCAAACACUCGCCCACAUAUCGCAAGAGAACGAGGAGCUUUUCUUCAAACUGCUACCUUCCUUCAUCAAUUUGCACAAGGGCAGAAAUGCGCUACUAAGCUCACUAUGUGCCGAUAACGAAUUCAUGAACAGGUUCUACUUGUAUCUCAGUCGAUCACAUGAUGCCUAUGUGGACAACCCCUCGUCAAAACCCAUUCCCCUUGAGAUAUUCCAGCUUAUAUCGUAUCUCUCUGGGAGAAUGUUUAUUUCAGACGUUCGAUAA